UCUAUUUUUGAUGGGGGGGGGGUGCCACCCAGUCUGCCCCAGAUCACGUUUGCCACCGGCAGCCAACCAGUUGGGCCCAAGUCCGCGGGCAAGAAGUGAUUGGGGGCGAGUGAGCUCGGCCGCCCCCCGGUUCCCCGUCCGGGUGCCCCCCCGCCGGGCCCGAAGCGGUAUAUCCUGCCCUCCCCGGCCACCUCCCCCGCGUGGAAGCGGAGCGGCGGCCUCGUUGUAAAGCAGAAGGGAAAUGUAGCCAGCCGGGUGUCGCGGCUGGACGCUCGCCUUGGCUGGGGGUGUGGGGGGGGCACGCCGGGGGCCAAGGAGGACUGCCGAGGAGGAGUGAUGAGAAGAGGGGGUACCCUGCACCCCCCGAGAGCACGGGCCCCGCUGCUAGUCGCCAGGCGCCCCCCUUCCUCCCAAGCGAGGGGCAGGUGUUCCACACUGAUUCUUGUGACUUUAAGAACCAGGGAUUUGAAGAGGUAUUAGCUCUUCCCAGGAAGGGAGGAAGUUUCUGGAAGAGAGAGGAAAGACAGCAGACACUGCGCUGGGACCAGCAGAGCCUAAGGAACUGUGGGAAGCUGACCGAGCCCAGCCUAAGGAGCGGGAAGCAGCCACAGCCCCAGGCUGGCACUGUGUUCCAAAAGAUUUGAACUCAAGCUGCUUUUUGUGAAAGAGGGCCACUUCAGAGGGCACCCCAGACUUUGGUUGGGCUCUUCUACACUGGAUGCCCCCUGCUCUGAGGAGCCUGCCGCUGAGAACCAAAGAAGAUAAGAGGACACACACAUUUCCCUCAAGCACAGAGCUGGUGGGUUGGAGUCAGGCAUCUGCACCCCUAGUGGCUGGUUGCUGAGUCUGGUGAGGAGUUUCUUGUUUCUCCCCAGCUUGCGGCUUUAGUGCUUAAUGGGGCUGCCUGUUGGUGGAUCAGUUUUUGCAGUGCCUGGUAGGAGUGGAGAGCCGUGGGAAGAGGUCCCGCGGCGCCCAAGCCUGGGUUUACCCCAAGACUAAGUUCUUUCCCAAGUUAGAGAGGGAGAGAGAAAGAAAAAAGAAGAGAGAAAAGUUCUCCCUUCCCCUCCUCCCUGCCUGUCAUGUCCUCUAAGCCAGAGCCAAAGGACGUCCACCAACUGAACGGGACUGGCCCUACUGCCUCUCCCUGCUCUUCAGAUGGCCCCGGGAGAGAGCCCUUGGCCGGGACCUCAGAGUUCCUGGGGCCUGAUGGGUCUGGGGUAGAAGUGGUAAUUGAGUCUCGGGCCAACGCCAAGGGGGUUCGGGAGGAGGACGCCCUGCUGGAGAACGGGAGUCAGAGCAACGAAAGUGAUGACGUCAGCACAGACCAUGGCCCUGCGCCACCCUCCCCGCUCAAGGAGACCUCCUUUUCCAUCGGGCUGCAAGUGCUGUUUCCGUUCCUCCUGGCAGGCUUUGGGACCGUGGCUGCCGGCAUGGUGUUGGACAUUGUGCAGCACUGGGAAGUUUUCCAGAAGGUGACAGAGGUCUUCAUCCUAGUGCCUGCGCUGCUGGGGCUCAAAGGGAACCUGGAAAUGACCCUGGCAUCAAGGCUCUCCACUGCAGCCAACAUUGGACACAUGGACACACCCAAGGAGCUCUGGCGGAUGAUCACUGGGAACAUGGCCCUCAUCCAGGUGCAGGCCACAGUGGUGGGCUUCCUGGCGUCCAUCGCAGCCGUCGUCUUUGGCUGGAUCCCUGAUGGCCACUUCAGUAUUCCGCAUGCCUUCCUGCUCUGUGCUAGCAGCGUGGCCACAGCCUUCAUUGCCUCCCUGGUACUGGGUAUGAUCAUGAUUGGAGUCAUCAUUGGCUCUCGCAAGAUUGGGAUCAACCCAGACAACGUGGCCACACCCAUUGCUGCCAGCCUGGGCGACCUCAUCACCUUGGCGUUGCUCUCAGGCAUCAGCUGGGGACUCUACCUGGAACUGAAUCACUGGCGAUACAUCUACCCACUGGUGUGUGCUUUCUUUGUGGCCCUGCUGCCUGUCUGGGUGGUGCUGGCCCGACGAAGCCCAGCCACGAGGGAGGUGUUGUACUCCGGCUGGGAGCCUGUUAUUAUUGCCAUGGCCAUCAGCAGUGUGGGAGGCCUCAUCUUGGACAAGACUGUCUCAGACCCCAACUUUGCAGGGAUGGCUGUCUUCACACCUGUGAUUAAUGGUGUUGGGGGCAAUCUGGUGGCAGUGCAGGCCAGCCGCAUUUCCACCUUCCUGCACAUGAAUGGAAUGCCAGGAGAGAACUCUGAGCAAGCUCCUCGCCGCUGCCCCAGUCCUUGUACCACCUUCUUCAGUCCUGAUGUGAAUUCUCGCUCAGCCCGGGUCCUCUUCCUCCUCGUGGUCCCAGGACACCUGGUGUUCCUCUACACCAUCAGCUGUAUGCAGGGUGGGCACACCACCCUCACACUCAUCUUCAUCAUCUUCUAUAUGACAGCUGCACUGCUCCAGGUGCUGAUUCUCCUGUACAUCGCAGACUGGAUGGUGCACUGGAUGUGGGGCCGGGGCCUGGACCCGGACAACUUCUCCAUCCCAUACUUGACUGCUCUGGGGGACCUGCUUGGCACUGGGCUCCUAGCACUCAGCUUCCAUGUCCUCUGGCUCAUAGGGGACCGAGACACGGAUGUCGGGGACUAGCUUGGUCACUCAACCUUUUCCCCAUCCCUCUGCACUUUCUAUUUGAAAUUUUUCUUCUGUUCCCCUGUCCCUACUCCACCCCACACUCCCACCUCUUUCUGGGACUUCACUUUGAUACCAAAUUCUCAUUAUUUUCAAUGGGAAUUUUUAUACAUUGAGCCAAGUUUGUAUAGCAGGAAUUCAGGAAAGACAGACGGACUGAGAUAAGCAGUACAAGUAGAUUUUUGAGACAAUCACCAAGUGCAAUUUCAUGGUGGGUGCCUCCAGGUGAGGUGGAUUGGGGCAGGGGAAUUUUGUCUGGAAUCUGGGGACACUGGGUUUGGCUUUAGCAACUUAUCUUGGCCCUAAUGAGAAACCCUUCGUAGGUGGGCUCUGGGUUUUGGGUUUUGUUUUCUUUUUGUUCAUCUGUUUUGUUUUUGGUUUUGGUUGAACAGAGGGACAGAGGAAUAAGUAACACUCCCAAACACACACAUACUUUUGUAGAAAAGGACCAACUUCAACGCUCUGGACAGGAGACAGCUGCUCCAGGGCCCUGUGAUCCCAGCUCUAUUCUCUGCCCUCUGGACCUAAGCCCUCCCACUCACAGAAAGAGUAAGGUGGACUGACGCUUCAAUUUGUGCACACGUCUCUUGCUCGAUUGUGUGAUCAACAUCAACAACCCGUUCCUCUGAUCAUUUCCAGUUGAUCGUCAUAUCCAGGAAAAAAUGAAAAGUGGACUGUUCUCCCUGUUGACCCGUGUCCACCUGUGGGUUCCCCAAAAUCCAAAUUCUCCCUGGGCACAGAGGACUGAUUCUUGGUCUCUCUUCAACCUUCAUCUCAAAUUGUCUCUAAGCACUACCUUCCCCAGAGCUUGCCAGGUUGGGUUUUGAGAUUAGGGAGAGGUCAUGGCGAUGUGGAGAAUGGUUGGGAGGUUGAGGACAACCAGGGGCGUCUCAUUGCUGCAGUUUCUCCUGAGGACAUAAUCACUUGGUCACCUUGAGCCCUGUCACUUCCUAAAAUUACUCAUUCUGUCAUACCAUAGAGAUCAAUUUUCCUCUUUCUUGGCUUCUGCCCACAAACAUUCACUAUUCAUUCAUUUGCUCAUUCAACAAAUAUGCAGCCUCUGCAAGAUGAGCUCCUCUGCAGGCAUGGUCUGAAACAUUCUUUGAGCAAUAUUUAUUGGGUGCCUACUAUGUGUUAGGUACUGUGCCAGGCACUGACUAGCCAGUGGUAAGGGAAACACAGCUCUAACCUCACCUCAUUCUCAAUGUUACAAAGGCCAUGUGCCCGUUUCAAUCUGGUGGAGAAAGUUUCCUCGUUGUAAGAAUUUGCAUCUACUUCAAGCCAGAUUCUUCUGCCUCUUUCUCCUUCCUAGACCCCAACUCUGUGCAAUGCUGACCACAGCUAGAGCCACCAGCCCUAUUGCUCAACCAGUGUUUUAUUUCCCUAAACGACCCUUCCUCACAUUCCCUUUCCUCCACCUCUCCUCACCAAGCACCCAAAAGAGGAUUUAGAACUAGCAAGCUGGACAUCAACUGAUUGUUUCUACUUUUCUCUGCCUAGCACAGAAUUGGGAGAAAACUGGAGCCUCCAUCCGCAGUCACACGUGUACAGAUGUGGACAUUUGGAUGUAGGCUUUUUUUUUUUUUUCCUAGCUUCUCAGAAGCCUCCGCAGAAACCCUUCCAUCUAUAGCCUCCAGGGCCCACCUCCAAGGGAAGACUUAGGCAAUAACCCUGUUUCUACCAACACCAUGCCUUAUCCCAGGAACUUGCCCUAGACCUCCAGAGACCAUCUUUUCUCUCCCUCCCUUUCUACCCAGGCCUCCAGUCCUCCUUCUGGAAUCAUAGAACCUUAGAAUUGGAAGAAAUUGUAGAGGUUACCUAGCUGGAGUUGUGUCCAACACAGUUCAUUAACACCAGCCUGGGCUUGUUUUUUCUCCUCCCUCUGGACUUUCUUCAUCUUUUCUUCCACCUCAAAACACACUUGCACACAGAUUCUUCUUGUACAGGCACCAAAACCAACUCUCUGCCCCUAAGACUAUGUCUCUAUGGUCUCCAGCCACCCCUUCCCCAGUCACUCCCCCCUUCCUCAUCUCUGGAAUUUGGCCAGGCAGUCCCAGAAGACUCUGGAGUGACCUCCUUUGCCUAAAAGGCAGACAAGUAGGCAUGCCCCAGGCCCUGAGUUUGUGAGCAGAGGAGGACUGUAGAGUGAGAGGGAAAGAAAAUGAAGUUGACUUUCAUGGAAGAUUCAUUUCUUUUCCCCGACUGUACCAACUGCAUGUACUUUUGGCCUGGCUGCAAGGAGCAAUAUUGGUUUACUCUCGUAUCCUUAAAAAGUUACAGAACUGUGUCUUAAGAGAAUUAUUUAUAGUUACUAUAACUGAAUUGACAAAUGUCAACUUAACUGAUAAAUUAUAUUUGGUAAAAUAAAGAGGACGUUUAUUUA